AUGGGCUGCGUUCGCACCAAAACCGUGAAGGCGGCGGCCCAGGUCGUCACUGAGAAAUACUACACGCGCCUGGGUAAUGACUUCCACACGAGCAAGCACAUGUGCAAGGAGAUCGCCAUUAUUCCCAGAAAGAAACUCCAGAACAAGAUAGCAGGCUAUGCAAAGGACACCAGAGACCGCUCAGUCCUGGAGCUGCCAGAGCUGCUGACCCAGAUCCCAAGACCAGUCAGGCCAGGCGCUGGGGCUUUCCAAGAGAGAGCCAAGAACUUGCUGAGCAGCAGUACAGCAGCGGCCCUGACACUAGCUAAUGUCAUCCGACCCUGCUAUGGUCCCUGCGGGCGCCAGAAGCUCCUGGUCACGGCAAAGGGGGAAACCAUCUCCACCAGCAAUGCCGGGGCUAUUCUCAAGGCCUUAGAGCUGGAGCACCCGACGGCCUGGCUCCUGCGGGAGGCAGCUCAGAGCCAGGCGGAGAACGCGGGCUGCGGCUCGACCUUCGUGGUCCUGCUGGCAGGGGCCCUGCUGGAGCAGGCGGAGCUCCUCCAGAGGGCCGGCCUGCGGCGCGUGCAGCUCCGGGAGGCCUUUGCCGCCGCGUUCGCCGAGGUCCUGGCCGCUCUUCCUUCCUUGGUGGUCCGAACCCUGGGUCCGUUGGAAGACCCUUUCUGGGCCCUCUAUUCAGUGAUGAAUACUCACAUGCUGCCCCAGGCGCAUUUCCUGACCCAACUGGUGACGCAGGCGUGCUGGGAAGUCAGCGAAGCAAUGAAGGGCUUUAAUCCCGAGCAAGUGGGUGUGUGCGCCCUGAGGGGAGGUUCAUUGGAAGACUCGGGUCUGCUCGCGGGCCUGGCGGUGGGCGGCCACCCGCGCGGACAAGUGAUCAACGUGUUGAGGGGUGCCAGGAUCGCUCUGUUUGCUUGCCCCUUUGGACCAGCCAGCCCCCACACACCGGCAACUGCUCGUCUCUCUAAUCCUGAAGACCUGUCUAAAUUCAGGAAAGGGAACCAGGAACUGAUUGACAAGCAGGUAUCCCAGCUAGCAGCUCUGAAUAUCAAUGUGGUGGUGGUGUGGGGGGAGAUUGACGAGAAGACCCUGCUACAAGCUGAUAAGUUUGGCAUUAUGGUAAUUGAAGCCACCUCCCGGAGGGAGAUGACAUACCUAAGUGAGGUGUUGGGCACACCUUUGCUGCCUUAUCUACUGCCUCCGGUGGUGCCAGGGACGUGCCAGAGGGUCUACGGACUGGAUCUGGGAGGACAUGUGGCUGUGAUAUUUGAAUGGGAUAGUCAGAGCGCCCCUGCCCUCACCUUGGUCCUCAGAGGGCCUACUGCUGAGGGGCUUAGAAAUGCAGAGCAGGCUGUCUACCGUGGUAUUGAUGCUUACUUCCAGCUGUGUCAGGAUCCCAGACUGCUUCCAGGUGCUGGAGCCACAGAGAUGGCCCUGGCAACACUGCUUUCAGGAAAAGGUCGCCAACUGGAAGGGCCCUGCGGUCCUGCGUUCCUUGCCUUUGCCCGGGCCUUGAGAACUCUUCCGGAAACCUUGGCAGAGAAUACAGGUUUAGCUGUCCCCAAGGUGAUGGCAGAAAUGUACAGCGCUCACCAAGCUGGGAACUUUCUCAUAGGAGUGGGAGAAGAAGGGAUAAUCAAUGUGACCCAGGAGCAGGUGUGGGACCCUUUCUUGACCAAAGCCCAAGGCCUUCAAGUAGUGGCUGAUGUAGUGCUACAGCUAGUGACUGUAGAUGACGUUAUAGUAGCCAAGAACGGCCCGGUGCGGCAGCAGGACUCCAGUUCUGAUCCUAAAAAGUUUAAGGACGCCUUCCCCGCCUCCACUCCGCACUCACCCCACCCCCACCUCCGCCCCCACUUCACCCCUCCCCACCCAGUCCCGCCCCGCCCCCGCGUCCCCUGGGAGGCUUCCACGCCACGCCGUCUUAAAGGGGACUCCCAGCGCGCCCUGGGCGGAAGCGAGUGGACGACGCACUACUUUGCGCGGAAGGAUCGGGGUUAUGAGAGGCCGCCUCGGGACACCUGCAGCCGGCGAGAGCCGCCUCGGUCGCGGACCCUUCUUUGUGUCACUGUAACAGAGUAA